AGAUAUGCACUAUGCAGUGUGUGUAUAUGUUGCAUAUCGUACUCGUCGUAUAGCUUUACGGUUUGCAUUUCGUUUAAACAAGUCAUAUCCGUGUGGUUGAAGAUUUUUCUUUCUUGUUGCUGUGGUGUGUGAUGUAGCAAAACGCGACUGAAAACGAAUUAAGAAAAGUAAAUUAAAUAUUAUCGUCAAAAUGAAGGUCUCGUGUUCCGUGAUGCUUGGCUAUUUUGCCAUUUUUGUGGCAAUUGCCAGCGCAUCUCCAUUGACAUUGGAGCGAGAAAAAGAGGCCGAUAAGUCGAUGAGCGUUGUGGAUGUUCCAGCUGGACUUUUCGAACCAGAAGUUGUUGCAGAAGACAAGCCAAAACCUGCUGUGCUAGUGGAAAAGACAAAGACAGAAGCAGUCGGAGAUGUCGUCAAGCCUGUUGAGAAAGUCGAGGACACCAAGAAAGUCCAAUUGGGAGAAGGCGUACCUCCAGCUUCAGAAGACGGUCCCAACGUCUUCGGAAUUAGAUUCCCGUCUAUUUUGAUAAUUCGAAGACCACAAGUUUUCCAAGAUCCAUUUGCUGGAUUCCAGUCUCCAUUUUUUGGUGGAUUCAAUCGAAGACCAAUUUUUGCUCCACCUCCAUUCGUCGAUUCUGCUGAACAACCAGAGCAAGUGAAAGAACGCGAAACAAUUGGGGCACAAGAUUCCAAGGUGGAAGAACAAAGGCUAAACCAGACUGUCUCAAACGUUAUUCAACGCAUGCACCAACAAUUCAACAACGUGUUUGCCAAUUUAUUCAACCCACAAGGUUUCGCUAUGCCACAAAGGCCAAUUUUCCCUCAAUUCCCCCCUCAACCUUUUUUCGCCAGACCAAGCAUUUUCUCCCCUUUGCCUGAUGACUCUUCUGAGGAGGACGCAUUGAAUUUCGACAAACUUCCAGCCAACUACAAGAACUCGACCUCGGAAACUAAAGUGAUUGACGGUCAACUUGUUACCGUGAAUAAGACGGUUCACAAAAUUAGCGGAAAUAAUUCGAAUGGAUUCUUCCACUUUUCCGUCAUUAAUGUUAGACCUAAUGCUCCGGAAGCUGUCCCUGAGGCUGAAGUAGUGGCACCUGCACCCAUUACCCCUGUAGUCACCCCCGCCGAGUCCGUCCCCCCACAGACUGUGGUGCCCACGGAGGAGAAGACGCCGGAAGUCAUCGUGGUAGAGAUGGAUCCAGCAAUGAAUGAAGUCGAUCGUGCCGAUAACGAGCAGCUCCCUGAAGUUGAACUGAAAAGUACCUAUGAAAUAAGGGGAGACAAUGGCGUCCUUCCUACAAAUGGACAGGAAUUGACAGCAGAUGAAGACAUGGUCAAAAUUGUUCCAAUUCAAUCAGAAAAACUUAUUCAAGGUUCAAAGGGGAAGCCAUUUACUGAUCUUGCCAGCGACAUUCGAGUCAAUAAUUUAAUGGAAAACUCGAAACAAGCACGAGUACGUGCGUUAUUUGACCCAGAGGAGGUCGAAAUCUUUGAAGUUUAAACAUUUCUCAAAAACAAAUUAUACACAAAUUUGCGUAAAAAGAUCAUCGUUAUCUGUGAUAACUUAUCACCAUCAUCCAAUUAUGCGGAAUUACUUUACACAAAUAAUUAAUUCUCAUCCAUCUCUUGUAAGUUAUUAACGUUUCUAGUUUACUCAAAGAUAUAAAACACAUUCAUUAUUUAAACAACUCUGUAAUAACAACAAUGACUUAUGAUAUUAUUGAACACAUUAUUGAAAAAAAUAAAAUAUCUAUCUGCGGUAUGAUUA